AUGUGCCAUCCUUGCCUCUCGCUCCCUGCGCUACAGCCCCAAAAGGGUCCGAUCCAGCCUGUGCCCAGACCCAAAGAAGUCCGUUCCAAGACUGCCCUGCAGGAGGCCGUCGACGUGCGUGUCCUGGUGCGAGGCCGGGGCAUGCCUGGGCUGGGGCAGGGAACUCUUGGGGGUCGACCCUUGUACAGGUUGCCGUUGCUGCUGCUAAUGGUGCUUCUGGCUGCACCCGCCGGCGCCUGGUACAAGCACAUGGCAAGCCCUCGCUACCGCACUGUGGGUCGGGCUGCUGGCCUGCUCCUGGGCCUUGGCCGCUCGCCCUACAGGUGGCGCCGCUCCUGGGAUACCCUCACCCCGGGGGCCCUUGGCCUGGGCGUGUCCCUCCAGGAGCCCUCUGUCAGGGAAGCUGUCGUGCAGCUGCCCUCGGGGGUGCAGAAGCUGCGGGAGGCGGCACGAGGAAGCUCCCAGGCAGAGCUUCCAGUCCGUGCACCCGGGAGCCCGCGCACCCCGAAACCGGAGCCGCGACAGGACACCCACUCCUGGGCCUUAGCGGCGCCCUCCAGGUACAUGAGGGAGAGAGCCUUCGAGGAGAUACCACCCGCCCACCACACCCUGAGCCCCGCCCAGGCCGCAGGCCCCUCCCCAUCUCUGGCGGUUGAGGGCCUUGCAGAGGGAUGUAAGCUGAAAGCUCAGAGGGAAGCCCCCUACUCGCUGCGUCUUCCCAAGGAGCAUCUAGGCGGGGGUUGUGGAGCCUGGGCGCUGGAAGGAAGCAAGGGGGUAGUUCGAACUAGGCUCAGCCUGCUACUGACGCUGCCGCUGCCGCUGCCACUGCCCCAUGGGGAACUGGCUUGGCUUGCUCUGCCUGGCCCCCAGGAACCAGCAACCACGCCCCUCCUCGGCCGGCGGGGGAUAGAGGCCAGAGUUGGGGUGGGGGGUGGCCCGGCGCUGGGGACUUCGGGGCCGCGGGCAGAGGGGCGGGGACGGGGCGGGAGCGGGGGCGGUGCUGCAGCCCGAGCCCAAGCCGAAGCCCGAGGCGACGGGAGCCGAACCGAGUCGCCGCCGAGGACUCCGGUCCCCGCCGACACCUCCUCCGCGCCGCCCCCCGCGCCCCGCAUGGUGGGCGACGUGCGGUGA